AUGCGGACCGACCACUACUCUCUCCUUUUCGUCCUCGCCGGCUCGGCCGUCGCCGUCGGCGCCCUGUCCGCUGAGGAAUCGACGGUUGCGACAAACGAAAAGCGCGCGGAAAUCUAUCCGGAUUGCGGCGAAAACGAGCACUACGUCCAAGAGGCCAUGAGACAGUGUGCCGCGACGGCCGAGAUGGCGCAAAAGGCGACGCGCGACCCCGACCCGAUGUUGAUGAACUUCUUCUUCAAGGAUGCCUCCGAGUCUAUGCGGUCGACGGCGGCAGCGCUCUUCGGCAAGAUCGCCAAGGAGUGCGGCACGGCUGGCGGCCAAAAGACGCACAUCACCUGCCGGCAGAAGCGGGACAACGAGUGCGGCGACUUCUACGGCCUGACGGAAAUCGGCGGUCAGCGUCUCCUUCUCUGCCCCAACUUCUUCGAACCUCUGGAGCCCGACGGCAAGGGCUGCGACAUCCUCGAGCCGGGCGACAUCCUCCUGCAUGAGAUGACGCACGCUCUCGGGAGCACGACCGACUGCGACGACACCUACGGCAUCCCCGACACGACGGCGCUCCCGGCCUCGGAGAACAAGAACCACGCCGAUUCCUUUGCCCACUUUGCCCGCGCCGUGGCCAAGAGCUGCACCCGGACCGAGCUGGAGGAAGCCGCCGGCGGCGUCAUGACACCGACCACGAGCGACGCCGCCGAGGAGACCGCCGCCGAGGAGGCCGCCGCCGAGGAGAAGGGUACCCAACCGGACCUGGCCACCACCCAGCACGGGCCGAAGCACUCGCUGCGGUCCCUGGCGUCCCCCCUGGCGGUGUCUCUAGCACCGGAACUGCAGUCAAUGUCGAUGAUGCCGAUGCUCGAGUCGACGGCCAUUCCGGGAGUGUUGUCGGUGCUGGUGACCAUGCCGAAUUUCGACUCGCAAUACUAG